GACAAGAAAAUUUCAAAACUUUAAACAGUGCAUGCACCAAGGUUACUCCCACAAAUGACAUCACUUUUCUCACAAAACACCUCGCAGGUCCACAUUCCUGCACUUCAUUUGUCUUCCUAAGCUGGAGUGAAUCUGUAGCUGAAUAUGUGAGGCCUUCUUUGUCCAUGAACAAACCAACUUAACGACAGGACAGCAGGCACAGGAUCAGGACUAUCAAUGAUCAAGUGGCUGAAACUAAGAGAUUCUGGCGGCGCUGUGUGUCAACGAUGGAGAUGAAGGUGUGGGUGGAGGAUACAGUCCGAGUGGUGUGUGGCAUAUCCCAAACUACUUCUUGUCAGGAUGUUGUCAUUUCUCUCGCACAAGCAAUUGGUCAAACCGGUCGUUAUAUUCUCAUCUCGAAAUUACGGGGCACAGAAAGAAAGUUAGGUGCCGAUGAAUGUCCGCUCCAGCAUCUGAAUAAGCUUGGACAGUUGGCCACUGAGGUCCAGUUCAUUCUGCGACGGACUGGUCCGAGCCUGAGUGAUGGGCAAGAGAAAAAAUCCAGAGUCAUUCACCCGGCUCUGCUCAAACCACAAGUAUCAGAAUCCUCGCAACGCAGGGAGCCAGAGAAGACUCACACCUUCCAUCUGAGUGUGCCAACAGUAUCCAGAAGGACUAAAUCAAAGCAGGCUCUGGAAUCUCCGCGUGAACCGAACGCUUCCCCUGUAAACUUUCUUGAUCCUCACGACCCACCAAAGGUAAAUGGCACUUCCUUCUCCUCCAAGGAGGAGAUAUUUAGGCAGAUUCUGCAGCAACAGAGGAUGCUGAAAGACUUGCAGCUUCAUCUUAAAGAUCUUGAGGAUGAGACUGAGUGGUGGGAACAUGAAACAGCAUCUGCUACGAUUCCUGGAAGGAAUUCAGGGUAUGCAGAAGAACUGGACAGACUGGAACAAUGGUUUGAACAUAAUGAGGCAGAGCAAAUGCAGAGUCAGCUCUGGAGAGAAAGGUUGCAGGAACAACUAGAUAGAGAACAAGAAUUGCAGAAUGAUCUACACCAGAUACAGACAUCGGUACUUGAUCAUAAUUAUCGGAUCGAGGAAGUUGUGGGCCAUUUGUCACAUCUGGAGCGCAACAUGCAACUUGAAAGCUCUCAGGUGAAUGCUCAACACUCUGAAGGGAUCUUGAGGACCCUGCAAUGGGAGCUCAGCCAUCGCAUGCAGCAGAGCAAAGAAAUGGAUGAUACUUUGUCAAGUACUUUGAAAGAGCUGCAAACUGCAGAGGACAAGCUUAGGGGCAAAUGGGAGACAAUUGAGGAGCUGAAAAAGGAGCUGAGACAAUGUAACUUGCAGCAUUUCAUCCAGCAGACCAGUGGCACUCCACUUGUAGAUCAGACAACCUCUUUGCCUGUCAAUGAAACCUUCCUCCGCAAUGCUGGCAUUAUGGAAGGGGACAAGCCUGCCGGUGCCAUUUACAGUGAAUGAAAAUGUUAAACAAUUACACAUGUGAAAUUGUGAUCGUUCACGAUACAGAGUGAUAUGUCAUUAUUCAUGUUUUCCUUUUCACUGAUUAUGUUCCAGCUAAUGAAAACCCAAAAUUCACUCCCUCAACAAAUUUGGAGAUGCAACACCACAGCUUCAUUGCUGUCUUCUGCAGCAUCUUGCAUAUCAAUUAUUUUACUGCUGAGGGUCAUUUUGUACCACGGCAGGAAAUGAUCAGUUCGACCACAGGAUUCAAAGUCAUGGCCCGGGGGCCAGAUCUGGCCCACCACAUCAUUUUAUGAGGCCCGCGAAAGCAAAUCAAGCAUG